AUGGUAUUAAAACAACUCUCACCGGAAAGGAUUGAAGGUCUCUGUACUAAGGAGCAUCUCCAUCUUCUGAAUGCCAUCGAUUCCUUGCGCUCCCAGGGCAUUAGUCACUAUGUCUCUCUCCCUCAAAUCAUUGUAUGCGGUGAUCAAUCUUCAGGAAAGAGCUCCGUCCUAGAAGCUAUCUCUGGCGUGUCCUUUCCAGUGAAGAGCAACCUCUGCACCCGGUUCCCAACGGAGCUCAUCCUUCGCAAAGCGAGAUACAUGAGCGUCAAGGUGUCGAUCGUGCCUCAUCACUCCCGGAGUGAUCCUGACAAAGCGUCCCUGUCUGGCUUUGACGAGAAACUAGACAGUCUCCAGGACCUGCCUGAUCUAAUAGAAAAUGCGAAGGCUGCUAUGGGAAUUAUGACUCUUGGGAAGGCUUUCUCCAAGGAUCUUCUUCGAAUUGAGAUCAGUGGACCUGAUCGUCCUCACUUGACGAUUGUCGAUCUCCCGGGGCUAAUUCAUUCUGAAAACAAACAACAAUCAGCCUCAGAUAUUGAAUUAAUCUCGGAUGUGGUCAAAGGUUACAUGACAGAACCCCGAAGCAUCAUUCUCGCAGUGGUGUCUGCAAAAAAUGAUUAUGCAAAUCAAAUCGUACUGAAGCUUGCUCGCGAAGCGGACCGGAGCGGGACACGUACUCUUGGCGUCAUAACGAAGCCAGACACACUUAGUCCUAGCUCUAGUAGCGAGGCUAUGUAUGUAUCUCUAGCACGGAACCAAGACGUCGAGUUCCGCCUUGGCUGGCAUGUGUUGAGAAAUAGGGAUACCGAUAUUGAGGCAUGGACCUUGGCGCAGCGCGACACAAACGAGUCUGAGUUUUUUCAGGGGUUGCUUGGUCGAGCCUUCCUACCAACCAACUGGAUAGCUUCCGAGCUGCCUAACUUGAUGGAGGAGAUAGCCACAAAAUCUGCCCAGUGUCAAGAUCAACUAGACAAGCUGGGUCAACCGCGAACCAAUGCACGCGAGCAGAGACUAUACCUUGUUCAGAUCAGUCAAACUUUUCAAGCCACUGUCCAGGCUGCUACCGACGGUACAUACGGCGAUCUAUUUUUCGGUGACGCGGCAUCAGCACCCGGUUACCGGAAACGAAUUCGCGCUGUAGUCCAAAACUUGAAUCGUGACUUUGCCACCGAGCUACGCGCACGCGGUCGGCGAUUCCGCAUAGUGUCAGACCCGGAGACGGAUUGUGAUCCCAAUGAUCAUGCAAUAUUACUGACCAAGGAUGAUUUUGUCGCAAAGGUGGUCGGGAUGAUUGAUCAGAGCCGUGGCCGAGAGCUGCCAGGCACUUUCAGUCCAAUGAUUGUGUCGGAUUUAUUUAAAGAGCAAUCAUCCCCUUGGAAGCAAAUUGCGGCCGCCCAUGUGAAAAACGUCUGGAAUGCAGCAAGGUUGUUUCUAAAUCAGCUCAUUGUUCACAUUGCUGAUGAAACGACCGUUAACGCCAUCUCGGAGACAAUCAUAGAACCUGCUUUAGAUUCUAUCCUCAAAACCUUGCACAAUAAGGUAUCUCAGCUCCUAGAGCCUCAUCGGUUCGGGCACCCCAUCACAUACAACGCUUCCUUCACAGACACGUUAUUGAAUAUUCGCCGUGAAAGGCGGGCAUUGCAUUUUUCGGACAUUCUUAGAAGUGCGUUUGGAGACUUUAGCGCGACUUCGGGCCGCAGAAGUGUGACAGUGGACAUUGGAGAUCUGCUCCAGCGACUCAUACAACCAGAGGAACAAGAUAUGAGUCGACUUGCCGCGUCGGAAGCAUUGGAUUGCUUGGAUGCGUAUUAUGAGGUCGCCCUGAAGCGUUUUACUGACGAUGUAGCAGUCGAAGUGAUUGAGGUAUCAUUGAUGGCGGAAGAAGUCAUUGCACGCAUUGCUGGGGAGACCAAAGAGAGCCGCGCUGCCCGCGAUGAACUCAAUAGCAAGUUGAAGGUGCUCCAAAGCGGAUUUGACAUGUGUAAUAAGUAUUCGGGAUAUCGUGUCACCGACCUGCUCAACGGCAAAUAUGGUAGUGAUGACGCCAGGUCUGCCCGUCUGAAAGGUAUUGUGAAAGAGACUGUGGAAAUUCCACAGGGCCGUGCUUACGACACAUUGGAAAGAAGUACUGCAGACUUUCUUCCCUCAGCGACAGACCAGUACUCGGAAGAAGACAUCACGUCACCGACGGAGGCUUACGAUUAUCCCCCGGAGUGUGUUGCAGCGGAGGAAUGUCCAGUUGAAGAGCCUGCCGCGACAGUUGACGAUGACUCUUGGGCCACCACUGUGGGCAAAAAGAAUAAGAAAAAGGCGAAGAAGUGUCAAGGGUUUACGGGCAUGAAAGCAUCAGAAACAAAGUGUGAGGAGCGAGAUUGGUAG